AUGCUACAACUGUCCACUGAUACAGACGGAAAUAGAAUGUGGCAGCAGGAUCCUGAUAUUAAUACGAACAAGAUACGAUAUAUUAGCCGAGGUGAAUGGGAAUUUUGGGAAGACCUCAUUGCCAAAUACUUACAUCCAAUCGAUAAAGAUGAGGCGAAACAAGCAAAAAUCGAAGAAGACCUACACAUUUUGCGCAACCAAGUUUGUCUGUUCUUCUUCAUCGUCAACGGCCUAUUCAUCGUGAUCAUUUUCACACUUCAGUUGAUUAACUCUCAGAGUCAGGGGAAAGGACUGGCUAUCCCUCUGCCUUGCAAAUCAAGAACCGGGGUGCAGCUAACGAUUGAACCUAUUUCUUUGCUAUUUAUGAUCAUAUUUGGCCUUGCGCUAUCCAUCCAGUUCUUUGCGAUGGUCUUCCAUCGUUUGGGGACACUCCAUCAUAUCAUUGCCUCAACUGAUAUCAACUGUCUCCGCCUCAAUCAAAAGGAAAUGGCGUCCAUGGAUAUUCAAAGUAAAAUCCAACUCGUUCGCGAAUUGCAAGGUGAAAGUCGGGACGACGACGAUACAAAAUCGGUGGUUUCAACUGCGACAUUGGAUAGCAUCGACGAAGACAGCUGGGCAGAUGAUGUGCCGAGGGUAAAACCGCGGAAGACGGUCAUGAAAAUAGUCCACAAUAAAAAGUUAAACCAAGACACUAGCAACGACCUGGGGCAUAAAUUCGUUCUUAACUUUAUGAAACUAGCUGACGAUCUCCGUCAGACUGAAAACGAUGAUGAGGUCAGUAGCUCGAAUGAGAAAUCCAGAAGAUCGGUGAGAAGGAAAAGUCGUAAAGCAAACUCAAAAGGAAGCUUAAAACUGAAGAAGAAGCAGUCGUUAUACGCCCUCGCAAAAUUAAAGGACGAUAAAGAAGCUGUACUGACCAAAGCGGAAUUCAUCGGAGAGAAGUGGAAACUAGCAAAACAAAAGCAGAAAGAGAAUCGCCAGCAGACAUCAAGUUCAGAACGUAAGGACGAAGCUGGAGGUCAGGUUAAUAAUUCUUUUAAUGUAAACAGUAACAUUGCGAUGACGACUAGCCAGCAACAGGCGACUUCACUCAAAAUUAUAAACGAAGAGGAGACAUUGAAAAGGAACAAAGUCACAGAAAAGAUUAACGCCGAGUCUGCAUCGAAUCCGGAGAAGCAAAAUGGUGGACACGAAGCGGGUAGGUGCAAAACUACAAUUCUAGUGACCAAGCCGAGUCUUGAGGACACAACCAGUAGUGCAGAACAAAGCAAAUCUAGUACACUUGAAUCAGGCUCUGCCCAGGACGGUGGAGAUCGUCGUGUGACUGGGAGCUUGUUUGAUGAAAGUGGACUCAGUGAUGUCAGUCGAACAGACAGCGACAUACAACUGAUCAGCCAUUAUUUUGAAGGUAUCGAUGCACCUUCUUCUGAAUCGAACCUUUCUGACGAUGUUUCAUCCCAAUAG